AAGAAGGAAGAGCCACUCUGAGUUUUUUGUAUUCAAACGGAGUGAAAGACCACGUUCCUCUGUCUCAGCUGCACCUCUCUGACGGAACACUGCUUUUACUUCUUCUUUCUGAAGUUUCCUCUCAGCCAGAUCUCUGUCACGAUCUCCAGAAGCGGGCUGCAUUCCAAUCCUUUCAAAGACCAAGAAGACCCUCUCCUCUUCUCACCACAUCCACCAUCACUUCUUCCUGCAGGAUGAGGCAUGUUUCUCCUCUGAGGGGGGGCGUCUCCCUGCUCUUACUUUUGCACACCGCCUCCUCCAUGCUGAUGCUGCCCAACUCCACGGGCUGGGCACCGAUUCUGGACAAGUACCUGGACGAGGAGGGGGACUUUUGGGAGGCCAAGCAGAGGGGAAAGAGGGCCAUCACGGACAGCGACGCUCAGCUGAUCCUGGAUCUGCACAACAAGCUCCGAGGCCAGGUGUACCCCCCCUCUUCCAACAUGGAGUACAUGUUGUGGGACACAGAGUUGGAGCGUACAGCGGAGGAGUGGGCUGAGACCUGUCUUUGGGAACACGGACCCGCGAGUCUCCUGCCGCAGAUCGGACAGAACCUGGGAGCUCACUGGGGAAGGCAUCGCCCCCCCACCUUCCACGUGCAGGCCUGGUACGAUGAGGUGAAGGAUUACUCCUUCCCUUACCCUCAGGAGUGCGACCCCUACUGCCCCUUCAGAUGCUCCGGCCCCGUGUGUACUCACUACACUCAGCUGGUCUGGGCCACCAGCAGUCGGAUCGGCUGUGCCAUCAACACGUGUUACAACAUGAAUGUUUGGGGACAGAUCUGGGCCAAAGCCGUCUAUCUCGUCUGCAACUAUUCACCAAAGGGAAACUGGUGGGGGCACUCUCCAUACAAACAUGGGACCCCCUGCUCCGCCUGUCCUCCCAGCUAUGGAGGAGGCUGCAAGGAAAACCUGUGCUACAAAGAUGACAGCUCCUACGGCGCACAAGAGGAAACGGAAGAAAACAACUUCAUCGAGCCGGAGACCCCCCCUCGUUCUCCACAGAAACCUCGACCUAGGGCCCCCAAACCGGACCCCCCCCAAAAUGUCCCCGCCCCGGACCCCCCCACAGAGGACCUGCUGAGGAACGAGGUGGUCAACACACAGCAGAUGUCUCAACUGGUGACCUGUGACACCAAGCUUCGAGAUCAGUGUAAAGGAACGCCAUGUAACAGAUACGAGUGUCCAGCCGGGUGCCUUGAUGCUACAGGGAAAGUAGUUGGGACAGUUUACUAUGAAAUGCAAUCCAGCGUGUGCAGAGCCGGCUUACAUGCAGGAGUCAUAGAUAAUGACGGGGGAUGGAUAGAUGUGACAAGACAAGGCAGGAAGGACUUUUUCAUCAAAUCCAACAAGAACGGAGUCCAGUCUCUCGGGAAGUAUCUCAGUGCCAAUUCCUUCACCGUUUCCAGAGUAGCAGUCAAAGCCAUCACAUGCGAAACCACAGUUGCACCGAUGUGUUCGUACCAAAGACCUGCAAAACACUGUCCGCGGUUAUACUGCCCGAGGAACUGUUUAGAGGAGAACCCUCACAUAUCCAGAGUAAUCGGCACCAGAAUAUACUCUGAUAAGUCCAGUAUUUGCCGAGCAGCGGUCCACGCUGGAGUCCUCCGGAACGAUCUCGGGGGUUACAUCGACGUGAUGCCGGUGGAUAAGCGGAAAAAUUACAUCGCCUCACAUCAAAAUGGCAUUUCUUCAGAGAGCCUCCAAAACCCCCCCGGAGGAAAAGCUUUCCGGGUGUUCGCCGUGAUUUGAGAACCCCAUGAGAGCGGCUUCACAAAAACAGAAAGCGCACUUGUGCUGUUGAAAAGGCGCCAAUCAAGCCCUGUUGUCAAAACACAACGACUGAAAUGUUUUCUGGCUCUGCUUCACACCAGGGGUCGGAGGUCGUUACCAUGACAGCGUAAAUCUAGCAAAGGAAACUUGACACACACACACAAAAACACACACAUCUGUCACCUGCAUUGAGUUUUCAAAUUGUCCUCUCCAGCAGGAAACGCUUUUACCUGUAAAUAUCUCGCUGUACAGACUUGUAAAUAAUAUCACACGUGUUUGUCUUUGUGCCAUUUCCUUGCCAUUCUAACAAACAGCUGUGUAUGAUUAUAGAAAAUAAUACGAUAUAACUUUAUAAAGGCACUUAACGAGGAAUUACAUUAUUAUUUUAUUAAGUCUGGCACAUUUGUACUGGUGCUCCGGGGGGGUUUGUUGUCAUAUUUUGUACUUUUUUAACUGGCGAACAAAUUGUUAUGCAUUUAUUUUUAUAUGAUAAUGCUUUAUAUCAACAGGAUUUAUAAAGGAUGCUGCUAUAUGUGUUUUGUAAUUGCCAGUGUGUUGGGAUUUGUUUGUUUUACAGAUAAUGUGGUUUAGUUUAAACUCCCUGCAGGUCGGGGACUCACUCUAUUUCCAAAGUAUGUUUUCAAGUCAUAUCUAUUCAUUUGUAUUUAACAAAAGUAAGCAGAAGCGAUACUAUGCAACAGUUGUAUCACAUACAGUGUAGGGUAAUGAGUUUUAAUCGGUAUAAUGUUCAUAUUGUUUCCAGCUUUAAUGGGCAAUUCAUUGUUUUUUUGUCUGCAUUUUACAUAUUUUCCUACCUCGAGAUGUUGGGAAAAGUCAAUUUUGCAAUAAAAUAUUACAGCCACCUCA